UCUCCACCUGACCUAAACCGCCAUUUUUAACGAUUUUCCCUUAUUCAUCUCUCUCUUUCUCUCUCUACACCUAUGUAAAUAUACAUGGAUAUAUAUAUAUAUAUAUGCAUUAUAUAUAAAAAAAAACCCUAAUAUUUUUCGCCUCACCCUCUCUCUCUCUCUCUCUCUGCCUGUCUCUGUCUCUCUCAUAAGAAACUCAAAUCCAUUUAAUGCCCUAAUUUUUCUCUUUUACUUAUUCUUUUUUAUCAGCUGGACCUUUCUCUUUCUCUCUCUCUUGAAACUUUCUUUCUAAACUUUCUCCACUCUACCCUCUCUCUCUAACUUACGGAUUUUUGAGUCUAGGGUUUGGAGAAUCAAUCUCCAUCAAUGAAUGAUUAUUAGGGGGUUUCCGCUCACAUUGACGCCAAUGAAUCUCACUCUCACUCUAAACCACUUCCUCUCUCUACUCCUUUUCCCUCUUCUCUUCUCCGUCGUCUUCGUCUCUUCCUCCGCAGACGAAGUCCGAUCACUCCUCGAGUUCAAGAAAGGGAUCCGAGAAGAUCCACUUGGAAAAGUCUUGGAUUCAUGGAAUCAGUCGUCUGCAGAUCUGAGCACUUGCCCUCAGUCCUUCUACGGCGUCUUAUGCGACGACGAAGGCUAUGUCUCCGCCAUUGUACUCGACAGUCUAGACUUGGUUGGAGACUUGAAGUUCUUCACACUAAACGGACUCAAAAGGUUGCAAAAUUUGAGUCUGUCUGGUAAUUUUCUCACUGGUCGACUCGUUCCGGCAUUGGGGUUAAUGACUACUUUGCAGCAUUUGGAUCUGUCCGGCAAUCAGUUUUACGGUCCGAUCCCUGCUCGACUCAACGAUCUUUGGGGAUUGAAUUUUCUCAAUUUAUCGUUGAAUAAUUUUACUGGUUGGUUUCCGAGUGGAAUCCGUAAACUUCAGCAACUGAGGGUAUUGGAUUUGCAUUCAAAUCAGCUUUCGGGUGACAUUCACGACUUAUUUUCAGAGCUUCGAAAUGUCCAGCACGUUGAUUUGAGCUAUAAUUUCUUUCAAGGGUCGCUUUCAAUGGAUUUGCAGAACAUUUCCAGCUUAGCAAAUACGGCUCAAUAUUUGAAUUUAAGGCACAAUAAGUUAGAUGGUGAAUUCUUCAGUGAUGACGCUAUCUCAUUGUUUCGGAAUUUACAAUUCCUGGACUUGGGCGAUAAUCACCUAACUGGGGAGCUUCCUUCAUUUGGUUCACUUCACAAUCUUCGAGUUCUGCGUCUGGGAAGUAAUGAAUUCCAUGGGUCAAUCCCCGAAGAGCUGUUCGAGAGUGCAAUUCCUUUGGAAGAACUAGAUCUCAGUGACAAUGGAUUUUCAGGCUCAAUCCAUGGAAUUAAUUCUACAACUUUGAGUAUGUUGAAUCUUUCGGCAAAUGCGCUGUCAGGUUCUUUGCCUUCUUCUAUGGGAAAUUGUCUAAAUGUGGAUCUUAGCAGAAAUAUGCUCUUUGGUGACAUCUCUGUUAUGCAAAGUUGGGAAGCAAAUUUGGAGGGUCUUGAUUUAAGCUCUAAUCAGUUAAAUGGAAGCAUUCCUAACUUGACUUCUCAGUUUCAGAAAUUGACUACUCUUAACAUUCGAAAUAAUUCUUUAGUAGGUACCCUGCCUCCUGAAUUGGGGACCUUUCUGAGGCUAUCUGCAGUUGACCUUAGCUUUAAUAAACUUGAUGGGCCUAUUCCACGGAGUUUUUUCACUUCAAUGAUCUUGACAAGGCUGAAUCUUUCAGGAAAUCAUUUUACAGGACCAAUUCCUCUUCAAGGCUCACAUACAAGUGAAUUAUUAGUUUUACCUUCUUAUCCACAGAUGGAGUCUCUCGAUCUCUCUAAUAAUUCCUUAUCAGGUACCUUGCCUUCAGACAUAGGUAACUUGGGCAGGCUCAAAUUGCUGAAUCUUGCAAGGAAUGACUUGUCAGGACGCAUGCCAAAUGAAUUGAGCAAACUUAGCAGCUUGGAAUACCUUGAUUUAUCCAAUAACAAUUUUAGGGAUAAGAUCCCUGAUAAGCUUCCAUCAACUCUAAAGGUAUUCAAUGUAUCCUAUAAUGGUCUAUCAGGACCUGUUCCAGAAAACUUGAGGAACUUCCCUCUAACUUCAUUUCAACCUGGAAAUUCAUUGCUGAUCUUCCCCAAUGGCAAGCCAUCCGAGAGUAGUAAUCCUGUUGGAAUUUCAGAUGAAGGGAAACAUCACAGUUCAAAAUCUAAUAUUCGAGUAGCAAUUAUUGUUGCUUCAGUUGGGGCAGCUAUGAUGAUUGCCGUUGUUCUACUGGCUUAUUAUCGUGCACAACUUCAGAAUUUCCAUUUAAGAAGUGGAUUUAGUGGUCAAGCUACCAGUAGAGAUGCUAAAUUAGGAAGAUUUCCUAGGUCUUCGCUCUUCAAUUUUCAUACAAAUGUUGAGCCCCCACCAAAUUCACUAAGUUUUUCCAAUGAUCAUUUGCUAACUUCAAAUUCAAGGUCAUUGUCGGGACAGAGGGAAUUUGGUACUGAAAUUGUUGAGAACAUUCUGCCUGAGUCAGUGGCUGCUAGUUCGGCACCCACGAAUCCCAAUGUGCCAGAAAAUCAUCCAGCAAUACAUGGAAGGAAGUCCUCUCCUGAUUCCCCAGUAUCUUCCUCGCCCCGAUUCAUUGAGGCGAUUGAACAACCUGUGACGUUGGAUGCAUAUUCUCCUGAUCGGUUGGCUGGAGAACUUUUCUUCCUGGAUUCUUCCCUAGCAUUCACAGUUGAGGAAUUAUCUCGAGCUCCAGCAGAAGUUCUUGGUAGAAGCAGCCACGGCACUUUAUACAAAGCUACUCUGGAUAGUGGGCAUAUGUUGACUGUGAAGUGGUUGCGGGUAGGGUUGGUCAAACAAAAAAAAGAAUUUGCCAAGGAAGUUAAAAAAAUUGGCUCAAUGAGACAUCCAAACAUUGUUCCAUUACGAGCCUAUUAUUGUGGACCAAGAGAACAGGAGAGGCUUAUUAUAGCAGACUAUGUCCAGGGAGAGAGCUUGGCUCAACAUCUUUAUGAGACAACGCCUCGGAGGUACUCUCCACUGUCGUUCAGCCAAAGAUUGAAAGUUGCUGUUGAUGUUGCUCGGUGUCUGGUGUACCUUCACGAUCGAAGCCUGCCUCAUGGUAACCUAAAGCCAACAAAUAUACUCCUGGGAGGUUCUGAUCUACAAGGUUGCCUUACUGAUUGUGGGCUCCACCGCUUGAUGACGCCAACAGGCAUUGCAGAGCAGAUAUUGAAUCUGGGAGCACUUGGAUACCGUGCUCCAGAACUUGCUACUGCAGCAAAACCAAUCCCAUCAUUCAAGGCUGAUGUGUAUGCAUUUGGAGUUAUUCUGAUGGAAAUAUUGACCAGAAGAAGUGCUGGUGAUAUUAUAUCAGGUCAAUCUGGUGCUGUGGAUCUUACGGAUUGGGUUCGGCUGUGUGAUCAAGAAGGACGCCGAAUGGACUGUGUAGACAGAGACAUUGCAGGAGGGGAGGAACCCUCGAAAGCAAUGGAUGACAUGCUUGCAAUAUCACUGAGGUGUAUUCUCCCUGUAAAUGAAAGGCCUAACAUCAGACAAGUCUUCGAGGAUCUCGGUUCUCUCUCUGUUUGAAAUUUUUGUACAUGCGUCUUGGAAUUAAUUUUUUUGUUCCAUGACUUCAUUGUUUAUUUUCAUUUUCUUCUUAAUUGGUUUCCUAGCCUCUAAUCUGGGCUGAUUAUCACAUUAUUUUUCUUAAAUUUUUGUGUAAAGGGAUGAUUGAUCCGUUGAUUGAUUGACAGUGUUUCGAUUUGAUCUUGAACUGGAAAGAAUUGCAGUUCCUUUUGUUGUCA